GAAAUCAAUCAGCGUUUCACAUAAAAAGACGUAAAAUGAAAAAGUGUGUCUCUUUAUAAAUUUAAUUUUUUCUUUUUAAUUUACACAAAAAAUUAGUAAUUAUAUCAAUUUAAAAAUGAAUUUACUUAAAUAAAUUAGUUUAAAAUUAAUAAGUGAAUUGACAAAGAAGAAAAAACUUCAUCAUUAACUUGAAAAAACAACUCAAGGACAUUGGCAAGUUCUAACGUGAAGCUACUCCCUGGUCCCUGGAAAAAAAGCAAAAAAUUUAACCACAAACCUGCGUUUUUUUUUUCACACAAAAAAGAAAAGAAAAAACAUCACAACAAAAUGGCUGCAACUGCAUUUGAAGAAGAAAUUCUUGCCCUAAAUCCCGAAUACGAUUUAGUUUUUAGUAAGAACAAUAAUGAAAAUCCUUCUCGAACUGAUUCACCCGAUGCAUUAGAACCACACACUCGUUGGGCUUCAUCUCCCCAUGCCAUGAAAAUCAUAUCCAAAAUGAAUGAAAUUUUAAAUACCAAACCACUUGGAGAAUUGCCAACCCAACAAGAUUGGGAAGACCAUCAAUCUUGUGAAGUUGAAACUAUUAAUUUAAUGCGUAAAUUAGGUCUCGAACAAAGUAUCGAUCGGCCGCCAGAUGAAAAACGUACAAUUGCUACUGUCCCCGUGAGUGACGAUGUGAUUUUCAUGAAAAAUGGUAGAAAAAAGAUGUCAAUUUUUAUGUCUGAUUCUUAUUUCGAAUUGAAACCAAGAUCAGAAGCUUCAUUUGAUUUGGAUGAAGAUGCUACCACACCCGAAGAAUCUACUACAUCUGAUUUCUCGGAUGAAAUUAAUAUCUACCAACCGAUAUUUGAGUCAACUCAGGAAACUGAGAGUACAACUUUGUCUGAUGAUUUUGAGGAACAAUAUCGCUCCAGAGUUGCCUAUCAGCAUUUAGACUCUGGAGUGAGUUCAGAUUCGGGAAAACGCAAAUCACUUGAAAGUGAAUUCCCUAGUCUCAAACCACCUCAUCACCAGAAGAAUAAUCGCAUAUCAUACACAAAGGUUGGUAGUAAAAAAUUGAAUGACUCUGGAUCUAGUAAUACUAGCAAUCAGAGUAGCAGCAGUAGCAAUAGCAGCUAUCGAAAAUCAAGAAGUAAUAAUAACAGUUGGCGUAGUUUAAAUGGAAGUUUCUCUGAUGUAAGAGAUGAAAAUAAUUGGCGUUUGAAUGUUACCAAAACCAAAGAACCUGAGAAGAAGAAAAUAGAUAAAAAACCUGAGGAGAAAAAGAUUCUCAAUCAAACUAUAACUCUAAAGCCAGACACAUCAAAUCAUGAUGUUGUUAGCAAUUGUGGAAGGGCUCUUUACAAGCCAAAGGAUUUGUUUAUGAAGAAGAAAGCCAUGAUGAUACAACAGAAAUAUUUUUAAGAAUCCAAAAUUUUUGAUGCAAAAAAUUUUAAAUAUUUUCAUCAAUCAAAAAGAACAAACUCCUAUCAACAUUUCAUCAUUAAAUGGGUAUUUUUUUUCUUUGAAUAAUAAGAAUAUGUAUUAAUUAAUUUGUAAAUAAAAAAAAAACCUUAGUUUUACUGCAACUGUAUAUUGAGUGGCCAAUCUUAGGUCUCUCUAGAAAUUAUAAUAUAUUGAUUGUUACUAAAAAAAGACAUAGUUUAAACAAAUAUUUAUGUUUAUUUUUUUUAUACAAAGAGUUACUUUUUUAAUUUUUAAAACAAAACAAAUUUACUUUAAUUUAAGUUUUGAAUUAAUAUUGAAUUCCAAAGAACUAAUACAAAAAAUGGAAAUUUAUAUAUUGCAAUUCUUUUAUAAAAAUAUAAUUAUUUUUGCACAAAUUACCAUCUCAAUAUCCCUAAUUAAUUUUUUAAGAAAUGUUGUAUGCCAUUAAAAAAUUAAAAAAAAAAAACAUCUAAAUACAGCAAAAAUUUGUUCAAUAAAUCUUGUAAAUUAGAGUUUAACUCUUAUCAAUCUUAAUACAAAAACCAUGCCUAGAUGUUGACUAAACUACUUUAAUGUAAAAAAAUUGUCUAUAAUAAAAAAAGCAAACUUAAUUUUAUAAUGAACAUAAUAUUGAUGUAACUUAAAGUUAUAGAUAAACAGAUAAAUAUGUUGUUAUAAACAAUUAUCUGACUAAAGACUGUAAGGUUUCAGUUAAAGCUAUUAUUCUAGUUCAUCAUUGAAAAUUAAUUGAAAUUUAACAUUUCUUUUUUUAAUUUUGGCGCGAAAGAAUGUUUAAAAAUUUAUUAAUUAUAUUUAGCCCUGAUUUUUCAAUCAUCAGAUAGACUAUCAAACGAAUAAUGUCAAAAUAAAAAAAAGAUAUUCCUAGGAAUAAGCGCUAAUUGAGGUUUAUCUGACUAUUGAAAAAUUGGCCCUUAAAAGUGGAAUAAAUCACAUUUUGCAUUCUUUUAAAAAUUUAUUAAUGUAAUUAAUCGGAUUU